UUGAACGGCAGUUGUUUUGUGAGAAGAGAGAAGUCAGAAGAGAAGCUGAGAGACGCGCAGCUCCUGCGUCUUUUUUUUGUUUGUUGUGUACACAAAGUGGUGUACAAAACUUUUAACUCACACGGUUUUUGUAACAUAUCUCGAGGAGUAUCAACGGUCAGUAAUGGAUCCGUUUACUGAGAAACUGUUGGAGCGGACUCGGGCUCGCAGAGAAAACCUGCAGAAGAAAAUGUCAGAGAGACCAAAUGCAGUAAACAGACAGAUGGUCAAAAGGCCCAGGGAGCCACUGGCUGACACAAACAGUGUGAUCAGUGAGCCAGUGAUUGAGAAAGCUCCACAGGUGUCCUCCAAGCCUUCUCCCUCCAAACGCAGUCGCUCAGGGGAAAAUAUGCAGCUUGCAGCCGGCGAGGAGAACCAGGAGCCUACCAUGACUCGGGCCUUGACUCCCAUGCUCUCAGAUCCUCCCACAGACAAGAAACCCCCGACUGGACCCACCAGCGUCCGACCUUCUACCUCCCUGGAGAAAACGGCCACACGGCCUGUUGUUCAGUCUCAUCCAGGGCAGCUGAAAACUGCACAGCCGGAGCCAGAGAAGAUGGCCGUCACCCCAUCUCUUGAUCAUCAUAGCAGCAGAGAAGCAGAGACGGUACCCUGGAGUACAGCCCAGCAGAGGAACGAAGAGCACCUGGUGGAAGAUCCAGCUCCGUCUGCAGCGGGAAUGAAGUCUCGUUUACAGAGGCUGGCAGAGCAGCGAAAGUGUUGGGAUGGAAGUGCCGCCUCUGAUGAAGUUCCAGACUGUGCCCCCCUGUCUCUGAUGACGAGACAAGCUGAGAUCCCAGCAUCCGUCCCUCCCGCAUCCUCAGGAACUCCUCUGGGGAGGAAAGGACGACUGGCCAACCUCGCUGCCACCAUCGGGUCCUGGGAAGAUGAUCUGAGCCAUGCUAACAUUCCCAACGAGCAUGCAAAGGAGAAAGCUGGUACAGCUGCUCCUAAGUCAACUGUGAGAGAGGCUUCAGUGGCUUCCAGCACUAAACCAGGUGCGGCAGGCCAUGUGGUGGCCAGCUCAACUGCAAGCAGCAAGUCUACAUCCAGUUCUCAUCAGUUUGUGAGUUGUCCAGUAAAGCCCGGCCGAGUGGUUUUCCCAAGCCCUCAGAAGGCUGAUGUUCCUGCAGCCAAACCAGCACUUCAGUCAGUCUCCAGUCCACAGAAGAGCUCCAUCCAGACAAAAGCCUUCCCAUCCAGUCCCCAGAAGGCCGGCCCCUCCUCUUCAACAGCAGUUCCUCAAAGUCCCCUGAAGAACCCGGCCCUCUCUAGGGGUCUCAUCCCCUCCUCCAGCCCACAGAAGCCAGAACUCCGGACCAAACCCAAUAUUGUGGUCCCCCCUGUCACAGCUGGAACACCUGGUGUAAAAUCCUUCCUGGAGCGCUUUGGAGAGAAGUGUCAGGAACGCACCAACCAGAACUCCCCAGCAGGGGGCAGCAGUCAGCCCAAGACUCCCACUGCAACCCCAUCAUCAGCCACACCAAACACUCGUCUGGUCCAGGAGAGGCUCAGAGCUGCCCAGGCUGCAAACACAACCACAGCUGAUCUCACCCAAAGACAGAAACUGGAGCGAGAGACUGAGCUGGCUCAGAUUCGCAGCCGCUUCCAAAAGGGAAACAAUAUGUGGAAAAACAAAGACGAAGCAGCUGAAACCAACGAAAAAACCCAGGAAGUCAAGGAGCCGAUCUCUAAGCCUGUGGAGGUUAAAGUUGCCCCGAGUGAGCCACAGGAUAAACCUGCAGCUACUACUGAGAGAACAGACACACCCGCAAAGUGCAUCCCUAAAGCACCUUUUGGGUUGUUGGGCACUCCUCCAGCAUCCACAUCCAGUCCUCUGAGGGUGGUGGAAAGUAGAGAAGAAAUCGCAGAAGAGGAGGUGGUGAAGGAGAAAGAGAUGAAUGUGGACGGGUCCAUCAACUCUCAGGUGAUCAACGAUCUGUUUGAUGGGAUCGAUGACGAGGAGGAGGAGGAGGAAGAAGAUGCUCUGAAUAUCUCCUCCAUGUCCAUCCUCGCUCCGCUGGCAGAGACUGUAGCUGCCGUGGUGAAGAGUCCAAACAGAGGAAUGAUGACGUCAACUCCAGCCAGCUCGUUCAUCGUGAAGAACAACACCCCGGAAAGUGUUUUCAAACGAAGCAAGUUCCAGAGGACUAACAUGAUCCGGACCGCCUCCUCAGACAGCAUCGAGGCCAUAGACGAGGACCACAAACUGCCGUACAGCAUCGAUGCGUACAGGUCCAUCAGAGUGAAAGAGACAGAGAGACCUAACAUCAAACAGGUGAUAGUGAGGAAAGAGGAUGUUUCCAGCAGAGCCGAGGAGCCCCGAGGAUCCAGUCUCUUCAGUAUCAAACAGAAGAUGAAGAUUCUGACCAAUGAGUUGAACCUGCAGCAGACGGUCAUUCAUCAGGCCAGUCAGGCGCUGAACUGCUGCACAGAUGAAGAGCACGGCAAAGGAUCGCAGGUGGAGGCCGAGGCCGAGAGGCUGCUGCUGGUGGCAACCGAGAGGAGGGAGGCGUUGAAGGCAGAGCUGGACCGUCUGAAAGGAGACCCAGCGGGCCAGAAAAAGGCCCCCCCAGCCCCAGAACCUGCCGGCAUGUCCGCUUCUAAAGGCUCCAUCAGCCUGCAGGAGCUACGCCUGCCUCUCAAGGCAGAAUUUGUUUGCUCAACAGCCAACAAGCCAGAGUCCACCAAAUACUCCUUCUUCAUCAUGAUUCGAGCCGGAGCAGAGAACACGGUGGCCACGCCGUUAGCCAGCACACACCGCGGCCUCAGCGGGGACACACUCGCCUUCCCCACCAAGUUCAACAUUCCUGAGGUCUCCAGCAACUUUGAGGUUGAUAUCGAGGUCUAUGGCCUGGUGCAGAAGCCUGAGCUCAGCAUGGACAAGAAGAAAAAACAGAGCAAGUCGAAGGCGAUCACUCCUAAAAGAUUCCUUGCCAUCACUAAAAGUUCACAGACACCAGUUGUUGCGAGUCCAGGCGGCCCGAAUGCUGUUCGCACCAGUAACUUCGUCCUGGUCGGUUCACACAAGCUCACCCUGACGUCUAUCGGGAAAAACAAAUUCCCUCUGGAGAAGAUCAAAUAUGAAGGAGGUGAAAGAGAACUGCUCAGUGACAUGUUUCAUAAAAAGGUGCCGUUUCUGUGUCCAUUGGAGGGCCACGUCUUCCUGAAGAUGCAGUGUGAGGUGGGCUCAAAGGUGGAGGAGAAGGGCUUCCUGACGAUGUUUGAGGAUGUCAGCGGAUUUGGAUCGUGGCACAGGAGGUGGUGUGUCUUAUCAGGAUACUGCAUCUCCUACUGGACUUACCCCGACGAUGAGAAGCGCAAGAAACCCAUCGGUCGAAUCAACCUGGCCAACUGCACCAGCAAGAAGGUGGAACCAGUAAACCGAGAGUUCUGUGCCAGACCGAACACAGUGGAGCUCAUCACAGUGAGACCUCAGAGAGAGGACGACAGAGAGACACUGGUCAGUCAGUGCCAGAACACCAUGUGUGUCACCAAAAACUGGCUGAGUGCCGACACUAAAGACGAGAGGAAUCUGUGGAUGAGGAAACUGAACCAGAUUCUGGUGGAUCUGCGGAUGUGGCAGCCUGACGCCUGUUACAGUCCGCUGUAAUCUCUGCACUUUGUCACACCCAGCCCUUCUAUUUUGGACUGUCAAUAUCAGUGGCACGUGCAAAUACCAAGUGCAAUACACUCUAAGAAAUGUUAAAUAUUUUUGACUUGGAUGAGUAACCAGACGGAUUAGAUGUCGAGUAUAAGAGAGCAAAUAUAAGCCAUACACGUGGAACAUUUCAGUAUUCUGUGGAGGAGUCGGCGUUUUAUUUUUAAACAUUUUCACUCUGUUUGCUCUUAUGUUUGUCGGUGCUGUUGAGAAUAUUUUGUGUGCUUGACACAUAAUGCAUGGCUUUAAAAAUAUUUGGUUUCAAAGCUGAGAUCGUUAUAUAAAUGUUGAAAUGACCGAUGAAUAUUAAUUUUGAAGCACAACUGUUUUAUCACAUUUUAUCCUGCUCGAGCGCACAGAAAAAUACGGAUUCUUUUGGGGGGUGUUACUUUUAUAUAUUUAGCUUUUAUAACUCGCGGCAGGACUUUCAGGUCGGUUGUCUUCGGUGCCGUGCGCAGAUUUUUUUCCGUUUUUGACUUUUAUCGUGUUUGUAAUGUUUGUUCAAGUUCAUUUUAUUGUCACUGUGGAAGUAGAAAUGGAAAGCUACUCGAGGUCUGCUACAUAUUCAGCACAAUACAGCACACUGGUCAAUAUUUGUGUUUUUGUAUGCAAAAAAAAGACGAGUUUGAGGAGGAUCCUAGUUUCUUCCACAGCGUUGUGACUAUAAGAAGCUGACGUAGAUGAUGAUUUCACCCAUUGAUUUUGUUGGACUCAGGUUUUACAUGGUGUUGACAUUCAUACCGACCAGCCUGGUUUUCUGAAACCAUACGUACCCACAUUAGGAUGAGAGGGUGGAUCUGAGGGCUAGAGCAGUUUGAAAAGCUUACGUCCAAAGGGCUGCUAAGUUUUGGCUCGCGAGAAAACAGGCUACGGACCAAAUGUGUGACCAGAGUGUCUCUUAGUAAAAAUGAACACGUCUAAUUCAUCCUCCACUUUAUUUUGUCUUUUUUUACUCUGAAUUGACCAAUGAUUUAAUAAAUGAACAUCAUGCUGUUUUGAAGAAGACUCAAAGCUUGAGAUUGAGCCCCCAUAAAUGUUUGCGAAUAAAUUCACAAAAAUCUCAUUUAGUUUAGACUUCGAUACAAAUGCACUUGUCGCCACGUGCUGGUCGAUUUGAAGACUGCAGAUUAAACCUUUUUGCAUUGUCUGCAUGAUUCUGCAACAAAGGUUAUGGUACAAAUUGAAGCAUUUUGCAGAGUACGAAUAAAGUUUCCAUUGCCCUCUGGUGGACAAACUACGUAACAGCAACUUUAAAGCUUCGCUCACACGCUGACACACACACAUUGGUUUUCACAACAGAAACACCAGCUUAUUUAUUAACCAGCUGUUACUCAUGCAGCAACAUGAGUGAGUGAGGAGAAAAAGAAGACUACUUCUAUUCCCACCAUCAUUCUGCCUUUUAGGAUAUUUUAUGCACCCACUGUUUAUCCUGCUGUCUUCAGCAGCAAAUUCUGUCUUUAAAAUAACGUACCAGGAACAUGAUCCUGAAGAUUCAAAGCUCUGUCUGUUGUUUCAUUAUAAAAGGAGACUUCCAAAAGGUAA